UCGUGGCCGCCGCAGCAAACGCCGAGUCGUUCGGCGCACCAAGUUCGUUUCCUCAGUCUUUCGUAUUUAACUACGAAUUUCACUUUUAACUGUUGGCGAGCGCGCCAAGCUGCAGCGUACCGUUAUCGCGGCACGUUACGGAGUGAGUGACCCACACAUAUCGACCAUUCUCACGUCUGUCAACUUUGACCUGACCUGGUGCUGGUGGCCCAACCGUUGUACAAUUAAAUAACAAUCAAAGUAUAUAAUUGCGUACGAGCACAUUUCGCUUUUCUGAUGAGACAAAAACGAGUUCUCUUGGCUUUAUUUAAUUUGUGCGCGCAGUAAAAGUGGCAAGAACCACUAGGCGCUGUGGUGUGUUGUGUGUGUAUAGCUUUAUGUGCCCCAUUAAAGUCGUCGGGCGACGCAAUUUGCAUGAGCGACAGCUUCGAAUCUUUUCAACAAUUUAUACCAUACGAAAUAUGACUCAACGCUAAACAAUUUCUGGGCCCGCGUGUGUGAGUGCGUCGCUGAGAAAAUAAAUUUCUGCCUGCUUGACGGAUAAUUUCUACGAUCCGCGCGCUUAUUGUUCAUUUAGUUUUUUUUUGGUAUUUCUGGUGCCUGUUGUAACUGCUUGGAAUGGAUGAAUCGGAUCGUUGGCAAUAAUAAUCAUAAUGCCGAGUGAAAGAAGGCCAGUGAAAAGCAGUCGCCGUCCUCAUUGAAUAAGCGACCGCCGGGCGGCAACGGCAAUAGCAUACAAAACUUUUGGAACGAACGCAUUAUGGAGCGCUUCAUAAAGGCGAAUCUAUUCAUUAUCUGCUGCGUGGUGGCGGUUCUUUUGCUGAUCGUCUAUCUGGGGGCCUUCUCGUGCGAGGUCUCUUGGAUACUGGAGGCCCACGGCGAGCUGCCCUUCGCCGCCUACACGCUCUGCUCGCUCUACUUCGUCAUGUUCGUGGCCACCACGAUCCUCAUCCACGGCCUGGUCAGCGGGCUCUGCUGGCCCCUGUUCGCCUGGUCGGGCAUCAUCGGCCUGCUCUCGAUCCCCGAGCUGGUCUUUGUCAUGAUCAUGACCACCCAGCACUGGGGACUCCAAUCGGUGCAUGGACUGACCGAGCUGACCUCAUACCUGAUUCGCUUGAUCAUCAACUGCUUCGCGCUGAUCUGCGUGAUUCCCACGGGCAUCCGUUGGCGUCGGGAGACUCAGGUGCUGAGCCAGCUGCAGGGACUGGCCACCAGACUCUCCCUGCAAACGCCCGCACCCAGUGUGCCCAUGACCAAGGCGGAUUCCCGGCGCUCCAGCCAGCGGCUUAGUGGAUUCGAGAACGCCGGCUACCAGCUGUGCGAUGAAACAGGCUCCAAGAUACCACUGGGUCCGGGAAUGGCACUGGGUCUGAACAACCAAGGUGGCGGCAGUCAGGCGUUUGGCUCCCAGAAUGAGUUCAAUGCCAGCAUGUUUGCUCCGGCCAUGGCCCAGCAAUACAACAACGGCACCCUAAUGCAGCGAGGUGGGGCAGGUGGAGCAAAUGGUGGCCAUCGCGCCCAGUCUCUGAUGGAUCUGCGCUGCACUCUGCCCGGAAUGUACAAUCCGCGACAUGUGCUCGAUACGGAGGACAAGAACGCCAAGUACUUCAACAUCACCAUCGAUGAUUUGAAGAAUAAUCUGCAGGAUUCGCAUCGACCGUCGCCGCCUUCGCUGAUUGGCUCCACCAGCAACGAUCCCAUCUACUGUUCUAUCGAACCCAAACAGUUGACACCGCCACCCGCUAAGCAGAGGAGCCACCAUCGUUCACGCGGAACUCAUAAGCAGCCGCCAACGGGCAAACUGUCCCGGAAUUGCGUGUCUCUGGAGAAUCUGGACGGGAUCAGCAAGGUGCAGAAUGACUUAACCGCCUAUGGGAACAAUCUCCUGCAGAACUACACGCAACAGCAGCAGUACUACCUGGCCAUGUUGCUGCACCAACAGCAGCAGCAGCAGCAGCAACAGUUGCACCACCAACAGGCGGGCGGCAUCUACCGCCGACCAUCCAAUUGCAGUUCCACGGGAGGAUUCGUCGGCACCGUGCUGGCACAACCGAUGCAGCGACGCGGCUCCACCCACAGCCAGCAGAUGCAGUAUUACGGUGGCUUCGGCUAUGCCAACUACGCCAAUCCGUAUAUCACAGCCAACAGCAAGCUUUCGUUGGGCAACGAAUCCGACGACUACCGGAAGUACCGCGAUGUGGCUCUUUGAGUCCUUCCGCGUUCCAGAUCCCAAUCGAUCAUCAGUCAGCGCUUAGGUUACACUCACUAGUUGUAGGACAUGCUCGACAUAGAAUGAGAUUCCUCGGAAUAACGACCAAAGAGCCACAAACUAACUCAGUUUCAGUUCGUAGACUAACGUUACACUGGGAGAAUCUUAUGCCACGUUUAUACGCAGGUUAUAUUUGUUAGGUAUAGCUAAAAUUGGUCUGCAAAUAUUUGGUUAUUUGCAAAAUCAAUCAUCUCACAAAUAUGUGUUACUUUAAAUAACAAGCCUGAUUGGCAAAUAAAAAUGUUUUCAAUGAGAACCUUCACUGCAAAAAUUGUGCGGUAUAAUUUUUUUGACAAACAAUUAUAGCAGGCGUAUAAACGAAGUAACAGAGUAACUGGUCAAAUUAUCGUGACUUGCUCACAGCAAAUCCCCAAGUUUAGUUCUAAGAAUCGACCACAAAUCGACAUUGACAUUCAUUGUUUAUUAUAGUUACUAGGAAUACGGAUAACAAUACUCUGAUCGACAGUCUAACCAUCCACAGAUCAAAAACUGUAAAUAUAUGUAAUAAAAGGCAUUCAUGUUUUUACUCGAAA